UCAAUCCUCCCCUCCCAUCCACAGCAGCUUAAAGUCCCUCAUAUAAACCAUAUAUAUCACUCACCACUAUCCUCUUAACCGCAAACAUGCCGUCUGGACAAGGAGCUGGCACGAACCCGAUCCACAACAAGAAGGCCAAGAAGGAGAAGCGCGAGGAAGAUGACGACGACAAGGCACACAAGGAGAAGAUGAAGGCUGAUGCCAAAGCUCGCGCCGACAUGGCGAAGAACGCCGGAAAGAAGGGCCCAAUGAACACUGGACAACAGGGCAUUAAGAAGUCUGGCAAGAAAUAGAGAGAAUGCCUCGGCGGGUAUGGUGGCGACUACGAGAUAUCCAAUGCAUGAGUUUACGGGCAAAGCGAGUGGUGAUUAGGAGCAUAUUUCCUUUUCCAGUGUUGCUAGCUUGUGAGUAUGGUAUUGACCUCAGAAGCAUUGAAAGUAUCGAAUUAAACACUAGAAUCCAAAUUCGCUGGACAUUGACUAAUCGUGAGUCGGAUCCUCCAACAGGAGUAGCCUAAGGGUAUCCGACUGGACAAUCCACUUCAACCACCACGGUGGUUCUGCCCGAGUGUAGGAGUGUAUAUAAAUACGGCGCCCACCUUGCCUGUCGAUAGGAUC